AUGAAAGUGAUUUUGGCAGUGCACCUAGGAUACUUAGUACUCUUGCUCUCGGCAUUAGUAAAACACAUUGGACUUCCACUAUAUUACCAACACAGGCUGGAGCUGGAUAUGCAGGAGGUAAAGAAUGCCUAUAACGUAUUUGUGCGCACGUACAUAGAUACUAGUGCAAAAGACCCUCUGCAAAAGUAUGAGGAGAUUAAAAAACUAAGAGAGAUAGUUAUUUACAGCGACAUAGUUGGGUGCGAUAAAGUGAAACCCCUUUUGUCCUUGGAUCCAGUAAAGAUAGCUGGGGAGGUAGAUUAUUUAUAUGCACAGCUGGUGAAGAAAAUAAAUCAGCCAAGAAAGGUGCAUCUGCAAUAUUCACUGGAGUGCAACUUGGGCAUGCUUUGCUCGCUUAUUCUUCCUAGCGUUCUGGUCGUUCUUACCAAUUUAAAGGGACUUAUUAAGACGCAUUCUCUCUCACACUGUUUCACAAAGAAUAUUUAUGGGUGA